AUGGCUCACGAUGGCCUCGAGAAACUUCCCCCCUCACCGGAUACCGUGUGCGGCCCAGCCUCGCAAGAAAGACUGACAAAAGAGAAAGACCACGAUGACAUUCUCGAGAGUCGGUCUAUCCAUUCAGACCAUUCAGGCCAUUCGACCGUCAUCGACCAGCACGAUGUCGAGAUCGGCCAAGAUGCGUUGGCCAGGACCAUCACUCCCAAACGACCCAUUGUCAAGGUGCCGCAGUCCGAGCGACGUGGUCUGUUUGCUCGUGUCUGUGUCAUGGCCGAGGUCACAGUGCCCACAGACUAUAGUAAUAAAGUAAAGUGGUUUAUCACCUUCAUCGUGGCCAUUGCUGCGGCCGCCGCCCCUGUGGGUAGUGCCAUCAUAUUGCCGACCCUGGACGAAGUGGCUAGAUCCCUUCACUCGGAUGCGACCACCACCAACCUAUCAGUUGCGUUGUAUAUGUUGAGCAUGGCCAUUUUCCCGCUCUGGUGGUCGGCCUUUUCAGAAACGGCUGGACGCCGGACCGUUUACAUCACUUCAUUUGCAUUGUUCAUCUUGUUUUCCGUCUUGAGCGCCGUCGCUCAUUCGAUCUCCGUGCUUAUCGUCAUGCGAAUGUUGGCUGGAGGAGCCUCGGCGUCUGUGCAAGCCGUGGGCGCGGGAACGAUCGCCGACAUCUGGGAAUCACGGGAGAGAGGCCGUGCGAUGGGCCUCUUCUACCUGGGGCCUCUCUGUGGCCCGUUACUGGCACCCAUUGUGGGUGGGAUUCUCGGCCAAGUUUGGGACUGGAGGGCGACGCAAUGGGCCCUCGCCAUAUACGGAGUCCUGACAUGGGUGUUGAUCUUCUUCGGUCUGCCGGAAACGCUGAAGGCACGGAAGGAUGUGGUCGAGGAAGCCCUGCCGGACACGGCAUCGUCGAUCAACCACAGCACCCAUCGACCGCCAUUGAGUCGAACCUCGACCCGAGAAGUGAUACAGCAUAAGUCGAAGAAGUACCUCAGGGUUGCACGGAUGUUGUUGUUGGACCCACUGAGCGUCAUCCUGUACCUCCGGUUCAUGCCUGUCUUGCUGACGGUGUAUUACUCGGCGGUUACUUUCGGCUCGCUUUACGUACUCAACAUCAGUAUCCAGUAUUCUUUUGAAAGGCAACCUUAUGACUAUUCAACCAUCAUCAUCGGCGUGCUCUACCUGCCCAAUUCCCUCGGGUACAUUAUUGCCAGUGUACUUGGCGGUCGCUGGAUGGACUAUAUCAUGAGGCGCGAGGCGAUCAAGGCGAAGCGGGUGGAUCAGAACGGCAAAUUAAUCUUUCGACCAGAAGACCGCAUGCGCGAAAACGCGUGGCUGGGUGCGUUAGUCUAUCCCUGUGCCUUGAUAUGGUACGGGUGGACCGUUGAGAAGGGCGUCCUGUGGGUAGCACCGAUCAUUGCGAAUUUCUUUUACGGCCUGGGGUCCAUGAUUAUCUUCGCCAUGUCAACCACGAUGCUGACCGAAUUCAUGCCACGUCGAUCCUCCUCCGGUGUUGCUCUAAACAACUUGUGCCGGAACAUUCUAUCAUGUGUUGGCGCCAUUGUCGGGGCUCCCCUCAUUGCGGCAAUCGGCAACGGGUGGCUGUUCACCAUCCUGGGACUUUGGGCACUCUGCAGUGCCCUGGUCAUUUGGGCCAUGAAGCGAUAUGGCGAGAAUUGGCGAGAAAAGAUGGACCGACAGCUAGGAUAA